CUUUUUCCUCCUCUUCGUCCUUCUUUACCGCCUGUCGGUGCUGCCUGUGGGUUCCCGGCGUGUGAGAGUACAACUCUCCGCCUGUGCAAGGAGACUGGUUUGUGACCACCUAACCGAACUUGCCCAUUGAAAGCAAGCCCAGAACAGCUGGAUAAUGUCCACUCCGAGCAGAUUCAAAAAGGACAAAGAGAUCAUAGCCGAAUAUGAAAGUCAAGUCAAAGAAAUUCGAGCUCAACUGGUAGAACAACAAAAAUGCCUGGAGCAGCAAACGGAGAUGCGAGUUCAGCUUCUCCAGGACCUGCAAGACUUCUUCCGGAAGAAAGCCGAAAUUGAGACAGAAUAUUCUCGGAACCUAGAGAAGUUAGCAGAAAGGUUCAUGGCAAAAACAAGAAGCACUAAGGAUCAUCAGCAGUACAAGAAAGACCAGAACUUGUUGUCUCCAGUGAACUGUUGGUAUUUGCUCCUGAACCAAGUGAGGAGAGAGAGCAAAGACCAUGCCACCUUGAGUGACAUCUAUCUGAACAAUGUGAUUAUGAGGUUCAUGCAGAUAAGCGAGGAUUCCACCAGGAUGUUUAAAAAGAGCAAAGAGAUUGCAUUUCAACUUCAUGAGGAUUUAAUGAAAGUUCUUAACGAGCUGUAUACGGUGAUGAAAACAUACCAUAUGUAUCAUGCAGAGAGCAUCAGUGCCGAGAGCAAGCUAAAAGAGGCUGAGAAACAGGAAGAAAAGCAAAUUGGAAGAUCCGGCGAUCCAGUCUUUCAUAUUAGACUAGAAGAGAGACAUCAGCGGCGAAGCUCUGUGAAGAAAAUUGAAAAAAUGAAAGAAAAGAGACAAGCAAAGUAUUCAGAAAAUAAGCUAAAAUCAAUUAAGGCACGGAAUGAGUAUCUCCUAACCCUUGAAGCAACCAAUGCCUCAGUUUUCAAGUAUUAUAUUCAUGAUCUUUCAGAUUUAAUUGAUUGCUGUGAUCUUGGCUACCAUGCAAGUCUGAACAGAGCCCUAAGAACAUAUCUCUCUGCGGAGUAUAACCUUGAAACCUCCAGGCAUGAAGGCUUAGACAUUAUUGAGAAUGCAGUUGACAAUUUGGAGCCCAGGAGUGAUAAGCAGAGAUUCAUGGAGAUGUACCCUGCUGCCUUCUGUCCACCAAUGAAGUUCGAGUUUCAGUCCCACCUGGGUGAUGAGGUGUGUCAGGUCAGCGCUCAGCAGCCGGUCCAGGCGGAGCUCAUGCUCAGGUACCAGCAGCUGCAGUCCCGACUGGCCACUCUCAAAAUCGAGAAUGAGGAGGUUAAGAAAACGACAGAAGCCACCUUACAGACAAUACAAGACAUGGUCACCAUCGAAGACUAUGACGUUUCUGAAUGCUUCCAGCACAGUCGCUCCACAGAGUCUGUGAAGUCUACCGUCUCUGAGACUUACCUGAGUAAGCCCAGCAUCGCCAAGAGAAGAGCGAACCAGCAGGAGACUGAGCAGUUCUACUUCAUGAAACUCAGAGAAUAUUUGGAAGGUAGUAAUCUCAUCACAAAACUUCAAGCCAAACAUGACUUGUUGCAGAAGACCCUUGGAGAAGGUCAUAGAGCAGAGUAUAUGACUACAAGGCCUCCAAAUGUUCCCCCUAAGCCCCAGAAACACAGGAAGUCCAGACCCCGCUCACAGUAUAAUGCUAAGUUGUUUAAUGGGGAUUUGGAAACAUUCGUCAAGGACUCAGGGCAGGUUAUCCCCCUCAUUGUGGAAAGUUGUAUUCGGUUCAUCAAUCUCUACGGUCUUCAGCAUCAGGGGAUUUUCAGAGUGUCUGGUUCCCAGGUGGAAGUCAGUGACAUUAAAAACUCAUUUGAGAGAGGUGAAAAUCCUUUGGCUGAUGACCAGAGUAACCAUGAUAUUAACUCAGUUGCUGGUGUUUUGAAGCUCUAUUUCCGUGGGCUGGAAAACCCCCUCUUUCCUAAGGAAAGAUUUAAUGAUCUGAUUUCUUGUAUCAGAGUCGAUAAUCUCUAUGAGAGGGCGCUUCACAUCCGCAAGCUCCUCCUGACCUUGCCCAGAUCGGUCCUCAUAGUGAUGAGGUACCUCUUUGCCUUCCUCAAUCACCUUUCACAAUACAGUGAUGAGAACAUGAUGGACCCUUAUAACCUGGCCAUUUGCUUUGGCCCUACAUUGAUGCCUGUGCCAGAAAUACAGGAUCAGGUGUCUUGCCAGGCUCAUGUGAAUGAAAUCGUCAAAACCAUCAUCAUCCACCAUGAGACUAUUUUCCCAGAUGCUAAAGAGCUGGACGGCCCUGUUUAUGAGAAAUGUAUGGCUGGAGAUGACUACUGCGACAGCCCGUACAGUGAGCACGGCACACUGGAGGAGGUGGAUCAGGACGCUGGUACAGAGCCCCACACCAGUGAGGAUGAAUGUGAGCCAAUAGAAGCCAUAGCCAAGUUUGACUACGUUGGGCGAUCUGCCAGAGAGCUGUCCUUCAAGAAGGGAGCGUCCCUGCUGCUGUAUCACCGCGCGUCCGAGGACUGGUGGGAAGGCAGGCACAACGGGAUCGACGGGCUUGUGCCUCACCAGUACAUCGUGGUGCAGGACAUGGAUGAUACAUUUUCAGACACUCUGAGCCAAAAAGCCGACAGCGAGGCCAGCAGUGGGCCAGUCACAGAAGACAAGUCCUCAUCCAAGGACAUGAACUCGCCGACAGACCGCCAUCCUGAUGGCUAUUUAGCCAGGCAAAGAAAAAGAGGAGAACCACCCCCUCCAGGAAGGCGUCCUGGUAGAACCAGUGAUGGCCAUUGUCCCCUCCACCCCCCACAUGCUCUUUCCAACUCCUCCGUUGACCUGGGGUCCCCAAAUUUGGCCAGUCACCCCCGGGGCCUGCUGCAGAGCCGUGGUCUCAACAACGACAGUCCGGAGAGGAGGCGCCGGCCAGGCCAUGGCAGCCUGACCAACAUCAGCCGGCACGACUCCCUCAAGAAGAUCGACAGCCCUCCUAUUAGAAGGUCCACGUCAUCGGGGCAGUACUCAGGCUUCAGUGACCACAAGCCACUGGACCCAGAGACAAUCGCUCAGGACAUUGAAGAGACAAUGAACACUGCUCUGAAUGAACUCCGAGAACUGGAGAGGCAGAGUACCGCAAAGCACGCCCCGGAUGUGGUCCUGGAUACCUUAGAACAAGUUAAAAACUCUCCCACCCCUGCCACGUCCACAGAAUCUCUCAGCCCCUUGCACAACGUUGCCCUCAGGAGCUCAGAGCCUCAGAUUCGACGAAGCACUAGUUCCUCCAGUGAUACCAUGAGUACUUUCAAACCUAUGGUAGCGCCCAGGAUGGGUGUGCAGCUAAAACCUCCAGCCCUCAGGCCAAAACCUGCUGUUCUUCCAAAAACAAACCCUACCAUAGGACCUGCACCUCCUUCCCAGGGUCCAGCAGACAAGUCUUGCACAAUGUAAAAACCACUGAGCAAGGGCAUACGAGGAGGUGAUUAAAAAAAGAAAAUGGAUUAGUGACAAAAGUCAACGACCGAUACCUUUCCUUAGUUUUGUGCUUAUAACUGGAGAUCUUCUGGCUUUUC